UCUUGUAGAGUAUGUGUGAUUAUCUCCAACAGCCUAUAAAGUAGCAAUGUUUUCGUCUAUACAAACAAACGUUGUUUUUAUCUUUGUUCGUCUGGAAAAUCAGCAUCUCUCCGCUAAGGUUGGCACACACUGCCCACUUACACAGCACGCCGCCCGCUGCAAGCUCCCCCGCAUCACACCGUGCACCCACUGUAAACAGGGACGCUCCUUUUUCCACCCAUCAACACCACCACCAAACAUCACCACCCCAUAAACAAUUUCCAAGCACUUCAAAAUCCACUCAUCCGCAGCAAUGGCCACUCAAAAACGCGCCAUAGAUUGGCUCUACUUUGGCAUUGUGCUCACCAUGACAUUGGGCAUGCUCGUCCUUGACCUGCGCUACUUUUACCCCGAGAGUCUCUGGAAAGCACCCACCGCGCCUCUGCACUUCCUCGUCACCAUCCGCAACAAGUACGUCGCCACCACCGGUGACCCCUUGUUCGCCCUGGGCCACGAGCCGUGGUUUGAAUCCUUCAUCUGGAUCGAGGGCCUCGUGCAGCUGCCCAUGGGCGUGUACAUUGUCUACAGCCUCAUGUCUGGAAAGCCCACUACGCCAGCUGUCGAGCUCAUCUUCCUCAUCUUUGGGUCUAUUACCUGCAUGGGCUCUGUUGCUUGCUGCGCACACAUUGCCCAGACGCCUGCUUCUAUCCUGGACGCGUCCAAGAAGGCGUCUCUUGUCUACGGCACAUAUCUACCAUUUGCCCUGAUUCCGGCUGCCAUGGUUGUCGACAUGCACCAGAGGCUGCUUGCACGCUUUGCGGCCAUGGAUGCCCAGCUCAAAGAGAAGAAGGCGCAGUAAGUUGGCGCAUACAGACAAAACCGGCACGGUACAGGAAGGAGUUUUAUCUUGGUGGGAGAAAUUAAAAGACUUUAUUUUAAUCUUAUUUCCAAACAACGAACGCUUUGGUAUAAUACAUGGCAACAAACAAGUCAUAAAAUCGGAACUGUAGACAGCACGACCACCGCCACCUCUUCUCCCCGUACAGACUUUUUUUUCUAGUCCAUUCUCUUGGAGUAGCCCCAGCCGUUGCCUACGCCGUUAUUGAGGCCGUAACCCAAUGGCGUAGCACCGCCCAGCGAGCGGCCCUUAAGACGCCUCGGCAGCACGACGCCCAUGGUGUACAUACCCAUGACAAGGCCACCAGCGACAAACGAUACAAUGCUGUAGAAAAAGGUACUUGCGUAUAUGUGGCCACCGAGACCAGCCCACUCGACCUUGCCCUCCGUUUUGGGCAGCGCAGGAGUCGGGAACCAGCGCACCGAGAGGGACAGCGGCAGCGGGUCGCCAAUCUUGAGUUUAACCGACUUGCUAUCCUUGAAGUGGCCCAGCGGACUCGUGCUGUAGGAAAUGGCCGAAUCGAGGGCACCGCUGUCGUGGUGGUGCAGGUGGUGCUUUGGCAGCGAGUGCAGCAGGACGUUGAGAUGCGUGCUAAUGUGCAUGUGGCUAAGCUCGAGCUUGCCCGAGAGCGCAAAGAUGAGCGGGAUGUACUCUUGGGGCGGCGGCUGCUCGUUAAUAACGGUCGUAUGGCCUCGCGGGCGCGCGGGGAUGCGGCACGAGAGCGGCGCAUCGCUGUGAAUAUAGAACUCGAGGAGAUGGUAGAAGGGAUCGGUGACGAGGGGGAUGGUGCAGUUGACUUCGCCCUCGACGCCGUAGUGGAAGCGCAGCGGCUUGCCUGUCUCCUGGCACACGGGAAAGUCGAUCCAUUGCAUCUCGUGGUUGUCUUGUUCGAUGUGCUCGCCGGUUUCUCUGUAGACAAAGGGUUAGAUGCGUCCUUGUACAAGGUGUAUCGAGCAGACGGAGGAAAGACUUACAUGCUGCGGUUCAUGCACUGGAUGUGAAUCGGGGCGCCGUAUUUGUAUGAAGGAAGAGCCGCAUGUUCCUCCUCUGGUGUGCCGGCUGCAACGAGGCCGACAAAGGCCAGCGCCGCAAAGGCCAACUUCAUGGUGUCGAGUAUGUGGUGUAUGAAUGUAGAUUGUUGGUAUGUAUUGGUGUAGAGCGGGACGAAUUGGACGAGAAUCAAGCGCCUGUAGUAACAAAAACGAACAACAAGCACAGAAGAGACAGAAAAAGGCGGUAGCCUAAAGGAGGCGACGUUGGCGAUGUUGGAGAAGCAGCCACUGGGCAAACGAACAGGUUGCAGGCUAGACAAUCACGUGUGGUGGGGGAGCCAGCGGCGAUGUGCCUUGGUUUUUCUUCAGCAGGCGCCGGCAGCCACGUUGUUAUGCUUACCCCUGAAAAAUAAAAAUACGGGGGGGUUGCAGCCGCUAAAAAGCGAUGCGCUGGGGAAGCGGGCUCUAAACUCCUCCGCUAACAAACACCACUAAGCACAAGCACCAUACUUGAUUUGGAAUCUCAAUUGCUAAUUUACAGUAGAGCUAACCAGACGCUCCUAUAAGUUACUCCUCCAUCGCCCUACUGCGGCCCCUUUCCCGUCAUGUAAAUAACCUCAGACUCAAUCUCCCAGCCUCGCCCGCCAUGCAGCUCCUCUAGAUGCUUCUGCACCAGGGGAACCACCUCAGCCGGCGGAUGCGCCGCCAGCGUCUCUUCAGACCAGUACGCCUUCAUGGUCAUGGGAAACAUCAUCUUGAAAAUAUUGACAUAGUCUUCCGCGCUCUCAAUCUUGUGCUUCUGCGUCUUGACGUGGACCUGGACAUCCCGCACACCGAGCUCCUUCAGAUGCGCCUCAACCCAUGCAGCGUCUGUCCAUGUACCAGACGAGUGAAUCUGCAUAGGGAACAAAUCAGGUAUCGGGGCGUCAAACGGCAGCGCCUUGAAUGCACUCUUGACAUCGGGAACAAACCAAACCUCGCCGUUGCGCUUGGUGAAAGUCGUCGCGCCAAAGACACCGCCGGGCUUGAGCAUGCGGAGCGCAUCUAUAAUCCCAUAUUAGCAGGACUCUUAUACAAAGUUGUAGAGCGAUACUGUACCUUUAACGGCCCUAUCAGGGUCUGGGAUAAUAUGUAGGCCAAGUGAAAUACCAAUAUGGCUGAACGAUGCAUCAGGGAAUCCAGUAUCAGCACCAUCCGCUACUUUUCCUUCCAUGUGGCCCCAGCCCUCGUUGGCCGCACGUCUCAGCGUCGUAGCCACCAUCUUAUCCGAAAAGUCGGCGCACGUAAAUGUGCUCUUGCUCAACACUUCCGGUUUCAGUGCGCGGUGUACUUCCUGUGUGAGAACACCCGCCCCGCAAGCAUUGUCAAAGAAUUGAAUGGGUUCCGUGACGGCUCCGUUAAGGCCCAUCUGAGCAACUAGUGGCGACGUGAGAUCGCCAAUGAGUCCCUGGGACGUCUUGACGAACCACUUCUCCAUUUCGGGGUCCAUGUCCUUGGUAAAGGCGUUGGGCAGGACGCUCGCCAGCUUCGAUCCAGAAGGGUUGGCAGUCAUGAUUGUUCUAGCGAAUUGAUAGGCAAGUGAAGAGAGUAUUGUGACGACUAAAAAGUAAGUGAAAUUGAGGUUGAAGUAGAGUUUUUAUAUGGAAUGAAAGAGCAGAGGAUGUUGGUGGUCGUUGGCGAUCGGAUCGAUCCCUUUAUAAGUCAGAUGACGAUGUUUCCGACAAGUCUCCGCGCCCCGCUGUGAGUCGCGCGCUUCCACGUCACCGCAACACAAGACAAUGAGCAAGUUAAUAAAAAAAAUCACUUCUAUUUCCGGUAAAGACCGAAUGGCCAUGUGAGCUGCUGUUAGUGGAUUCAUAAGCAGAGCAUCAUCAAGCUUCGCGGCGCUUCUAGACUCUUAUGGGCAAUGUCCGAGGUUGCGUGGCUGAGGCUGGCGCGAGGCUGUAUGCAAGGUUCGUUUAAGUGCGAAUAACAGAUUUAUAACGCCGGAUGUACAUCGCAUACGCAAAGCGAUCAAGCAAAGCCUGGCUGCGUGGCGUUCAGGGGCAAUACAGGAAUUGUAUGUAAUUACAUGCAAAUCAACCAAGACUGUCAAGAUACAAGACAACGAAAGAAACGACAAUACAAGUUAUCCCCGGGAAAUAAAAGCUGUUGAACA